UUCUGCUAGUGCUAACAUCAGCAAAGCUCCUAGAUUAUCUGCCCAACCAAACACAAUAUAAAUCAUUUUCAACCAAUGCAACUAAUAAAUCAUCUGGAAACAACAACACAGUGAUAAUUAAGCAACUGUCUCCUGACACCAGAAAAAUCUCCUUGGACACCAUCUCAGAGGCAAGAGAACUACAAAAAAUACCAGAUAUGAAAAGAAAUUCUACCAUCUCAAAUACCAUGUCAAAACGACAGAAGAUCUGUCACAAUGAAUUUGAGGACUUGUUUCUUUCUCGAAUUACAUGUCAUAUUUUGCCUGCCAGUUUUGGACUCAAAAGAAUGGAUAUUUUCAAGAAGCAAAUCGAAAAAUAUGGUGGAAAAUUAAUGCCUGAUGUCAAUUCUUCUGUGACCCAUAUAAUUGUAGAAGAUUCUAUUGGCAAACCGAACCUUGAGAAACUUAUUGACAUUCAUGCCAUUGGCUCAUCAAUUGUCGUGAAAUGUUCAUGGUUGAGCGAGUGUCUGAAAAGCAAAUCUCUCAUUGAUGAAGCAGAUCAUAUAGUGUACAAACCAUUAGAAAAUCAAUAUGAUAAUUCUAGCUCAGGAAAUGCAGUUUUCUCUCACGUUGCUGCUAACAAAUGUGCUUCACCAGACCAUGGACCUGAUAUUGAGCUCCUGCCUAAGGCAAGCAAGGAGGAGAGUUCAGCUCUGGCCAAUGAACCUCGCCAGGAUGACGCCAAGGUUCCAAUUGCUAAAUUUCAGGCGAAAUUCGCAUGUGCUCACUCGAGCUCCAGCCGCCACGACCACCAGAGCUCGUCACCGAACCACCAAGUCACCGAGGAGCUCACGAAGCUACUCGAGGUGUACCGGGCCAACAACGACACGUGGAGGAUAGCUGGAUAUCAGAAGGCCAUCGCUGCCAUCAACGCUUACCCUAAAGAAAUUACAUCCUAUGAUGAGGCUCGGCAAAUACGAGGCGUGGGUGAGAGGCUGGCAGCGAAGGUUGCCGAGAUCCUGGCCAGCGGCAAGCUGCGCAAGGUGGAGGAGGUCUGCGGCUCUGAAGAGACCGCGGUCAUCAGCCUCUUCUUGGGGGUGUGGGGAGCCGGGCCUUCUACGGCCCGGGCCUGGUAUGCCCAGGGUUUGCGCACACUGCAGGACCUGCACGAGCGCGCCUCCCUCACCCGCCACCAGAAGGUCGGCCUGCUGCACUACCACGACCUCAACGCCAGGAUCCCACGACACGAGGCUGCUGCCAUACACAGCUUCGUAUCGCGGUGUUGUGCUGAGGUUUGUGCCGGACUUGUGACCGAAGUGUGCGGUUCCUACAGACGCGGCCGGGCGACCUGUGGGGACGUAGAUAUUCUCGUGUCACACCCAGACGGUUCCUCGCACCACGACGUGUUCUUGCCUUUACUGGAUAACAUGAAGAAGAAAGGUUUCUUGACCGAUGAUUUAGUGACUCAAGAAGACAAUGGCAACCAGCAGAAGUACCUGGGAGUUUGUCGAUUACCUGGUCCAGACAGCAAGCACCGGCGGAUUGACAUCAUCGUGGUGCCUUACUCAGAGUUUGCUCCCGCGCUGCUCUACUUCACAGGGUCUGCUCACUUCAACAGAUCGAUGCGGUUGUUGGCUACAAAAAUGGGCAUGAGCCUCUCUGAACACGGCCUCCGUACUAACGUCGUGCGCAAGGGCCGAGAGAAACUGAACGAUGGAUGCCUGCUGCCGACACAAACGGAGGAGAGUAUUUUCGAGCACCUUGGGCUGCCAUACAGAGCCCCGCACGAGAGAGAUCACUGAAGACCAUCCAUCAAAAUGGCAUAUCCAGAUACUUUAUGAAUGAUACAAAUUUAUAUACAAGUACGGAAACCUUACAUCCAUUCCAUAAACAUUUUCUUGGACCGAUAUAAAAUUUUUUGACGUUCGUGAAAACGGUUGUUGCUAAAUAUAUACCUAUAUUUUGUGUACUUUACUUCAGAGGAAGGUUGGAUUAAUAAUCCAGAAGCUCAUGAGUUAACUACUAGCGUAGCAGCACUACAGAGGAUUGGAGUUUGAAUGUUCUCAAAUAAACACAAUAUGGCUUUCACUCCAAAACAGAAAUUAUGCAGAACGAAAGUUUGUUCCCACUAUAACCUACAAAAAAAACAGGCAAUAGUAUACCUACACGAGUUAAAUCCUUUAUUAUUGCUAAAGGUCAAAUUCAGAAUUGUUUCAAUCAAAUUGCCAAUGGAAUUUUUUCAAGUAAUCAUAUAUCCCUAUUGGUAGCACCACGCCGUCAUUGCCGUCUGUGAUAAUUCUUACUUUAUAAUGUCAUGAUUAGUUUUAUUUGCCGGUUUUCGCAAAAACGAUCUAUUUUAUUUCUUUGUUUUACUAGCUCUUAACAAAAUUAAAUGAUAACUUUCGAAACCAGUGUUGCACCAUGGACAUAUGUACUGAAUACCUGAAAUCUACGUAUGUAUUUUGUAAUGAAUAUUGCGAUCAUGACAACUGUUCUCGUGAUUUGAUACAGGAAAUAUUACUGAACAUGGGAUCGCGUGUAGAGUAUAAUUUAUUAAAUGUCCACUCCUAAAUAUUCAGCCUAUAAUGUUACAGGAUUCUUGAAACACAAGAUGCGUUCUGAUCGUUACAUUAGAUUUACACAUUGCCAGGACAUCUUGCUAAAUAAUAACGUAACUUUAUUGCUAACCCGACAAGAAUAAUUUGGGAAUAAUUGAACAUGAAGAAUAACAUGGGAAUAAUUUCUUGGUACAUAAUUUAGAGCGCCAGUUCACUGUAGAAACAGUUUACCAGAAUUUUUUUGGCGUACAGCUGACAGCACUGAGGAUCCAAGUUUCUUUAGCCGGGACUAUUUUAUUCCUUGCAUUGUGUCUUGGAUGUGUGAGGCACUUGACAUGCAGAACGCCGCUCUUAUACACAAAAUAACAGUCUUUGCAUCGCC